CACUUGAUCAGUGUUUUCAUUUUUAACCCUUUAUUUGUUAUUUAACUUGAGCGACUGUACGCAUCAUUAUUCUAAUGCUUUCAAGUUAGUCUUUUUCUGAUUUGAAGAUUAAGGAAUGCAGUCUGCUCUCAAUUACGAAAUUCAGCAUAUGAAGUUUUGUUUCAAGGCAUAAGCAGUUUGGAAGGCUUUCUUGUCCAAACACCAGUUGCCCAUUAAAGGGGGCUGUAAAGCACUUGGUUUUUUUCACAAUGAAGAAAGGAGUAGCUUCUAGCCUCUUUGUUAAUGAUGGUUCAUUCAUGGAAAGGUUUAAACAACUUCAACAAGAGAAAGAAAAGGAAGCUGGAUUGGAGGAGUCUAAGUCAAGCAUAAAUACAUCUGGGACUAUGAGGGCCAAUCCUUCCAUUUAUAAAACAGGCAUGGAUUCAAAAGCACCUGAGACACGCAAGGCUGUCCCUGCUGCUUCAGGUGGCAAACUUGCAUUCAGCUUGAAACAGAAAUCUAAACUUGCGGCAGCCCCUGUUAAGUUGGGUGCUGAUGAGGAUGAAGAUGAAGGGGAUGCAGAAAAUGGGUCAGUAGAUGGACCGCCAAAGCGGCAGAAGUUGGAUCAACCUAAUGCAUCUGUUCCAUUGCCAUGUAAAGGGGAUGUUGCACCACCUUCCCCAAGCGAUCCUGGAGUGAAGAAAGUUGCAGACAAAUUAGCAAGUUUUGUAGCCAAAAAUGGAAGGCAGUUUGAGCACAUUACUCGUCAAAGAAAUCCUGGAGAUACACCUUUUAAGUUUCUAUAUGAUGUUACUUGUCCGGAUUACAAAUACUAUGAGUAUCGACUUGUUGAGGAGGAGAAGGCUCUUCCACAGAAUGUAGAUUCUGAAGCAUCACACAAUGCCAGUGCAAGCUCUUCUUCAAGAGGAUCAAGUGGUUCUCAGAGGCCUCCUCAGCAACAUUCUAAUUAUCAAAUACCAGCCUCAGCAUUAUAUGAAGCCAAUGAUGAAACAAGCUCUUCAGUAUCAUCAACUCAGGCAGCUUCAAUGGGGAGAACCAACUCCCAAGGUGAAUCCAGUGCACCACCAGCUGCAGAUCCUAUUGCAAUUAUGGAAUUCUAUGUGAAGAAGGCUGCACAAGAGGAGCGAAGGAGACAGCCUAAACAGUCAAAAGAUGAGAUGCCACCUCCUGCUUCCCUUCAAGCUCCUGUCAAAAAGGGACAUCACAUGGGAGAUUAUAUACCACCAGAAGAGCUUGAGAAGUUCUUGAGUAGCUGCAACGAUGCUGCUUGUCAGAAGGCUACUAGAGAGGCUGCGGAAAAGGCUAAAAUUCAAGCUGACAAUGUUGGGCAUAGACUUCUAUCCAAAAUGGGCUGGAAAGAAGGUGAGGGUUUAGGGAGCUCUAGAAGUGGUCGUGCAGAUCCUGUCAUGGCUGGAAAUGUAAAGAAGGACAAUUUAGGAGUUGGAGCUUCGCAGCCUGGUGAGGUCACCCCUGAGGAUGAUAUUUAUGAGCAGUACAAGAAACGGAUGAUGCUUGGAUACCGUUACAGACCCAACCCUCUGAACAAUCCCCGGAAAGCAUACUACUAGAGAGCUGUCUCAGGACAUCCGACAUCUUCAUCAGGUCAAAAUGUAGCCUUUCUUGAGGGACUAAAUGCAUUGUAAGAUUUUUCGUUUGGAAGUUCAGAAAAUCGGAUUGAUAUUUGUAAGCGAACAAUAUUUUUAGCCAUUUUUUUUUUCAAUCAAAAAGAUUGUUAUGCUUUUGCU